CACUUUUCUGAGGCUGGGUCAUUUGAGGGUGCCCUCAGCUGCAGUUCACACAGAUAGAUAGCAGCUUUCUUCACACAGUGUCCCUUGGAGUGAGAGGGUCCAGAAGCCCUUUCUGCUCUGCGCUCCCCUACCCGCCAUUCCCACUUGGGAGAUGAUGACUGUUGGGCUAGCAGCCUCUAGACACCUGGGGCAGAACCCAGACUCUCCCAUCUUCCAGCACACACCUCUCGAUAGAGCUGCACAGCAUCCAGAAUAGCCUUGGGAUGGCUUUGGUUCACUAAGCACUUGCAUGUUCAAAUAGAAAAUGAUUAGGGCAGAGAUGAGGCAUCUAAGCCUUGAAUAAAGAAGAGAAAGGGCAUUCCAGACCAAGGCAACAAGUGCAAAGGCACAAGCAUGAACGUGGAAGUGCAAAUGAGAGGCAGGUGAGCUGGCUGGAUUAGACGUGUGUGCUGCUAACCGUGGCCUGUGUUGACCACAUGCCUCUGAACCAGGCACUGUGCUAGAAAUGAGACUGGGGUGAAGCACAGAAUAACCACGUGCCCUCUUGUGUGCAGUGAAAGCUACCCCACAUCUAUGGGGGGAGGGGGAAAAGGGGCAGCUUGGCCUCACUGCUCCUCCCCCUUCAUCAGGUUUUUCCUUAAGGGACCAUUUCCACCUGUUAAAAAUUUAGAUUAUGGGCGUUCACAUCUGUAAACCCAGCACUUCGGGGAGGCCGAGGUGGGAGGAUCGCUUGAGGCCAGGAGUUUGAGACCAACCUGGGCAACAUAGGGAGACCCCAUAUCUACAAAAAAUAUUUAAAAAUAGGCAAGGUGGUGCAUACCUGUAAUCCCAGCUAUUCUGGAGGCUGAGGUCAAUCGCUUGAGCCCAAGAGUUCAAGGCUGCAAUGAGCUAUGAUUGCAUCACUGCACCCCCAACCCAGGUGACAGACAAAACCCUAUUUUUUUAAAAAAAGCAGGGGUAGGGGUGGUUUGAGGGUCAGGCCACAACCUACUGAAUCACAGUCUCUAAAGGACAAUUACUUACUUGAAAGUAACUUUCAAGAACCAACACUCACACCGUAGUAACUCCUCUUUGGAAAGCCUAUUAAAAUGUAACUUUCUUGGAGGAGAAACAGACUGAUUAGUUGAUCCCCAGGGGGUAGAACUAGGGACUGGAAAGCCUGUCCCAGGAGGCAGGGAAUGGCUGGCAGGACCCUGAGCUGACAGGGGAGGAGGAGGAUGCUGAGAUUGGUGAGCCCUGGGGAGCCCCCAGGCAAGAACGAACGCCCCAUGUGCUGCCUCCUCUCCUGCUGCUGGAGUGCAGGCCACGUGCGCAGGUGCACCACUGGCCUAUAGGACUCUGGGCAGUUCUUUUCACUUUCUGGACCUUAAUUUUCCCUUUAUGGAAGAAAAUGAAAACCAGGCCCCACCUGAGUGUGUCGUGUGUAGCAAAGAAGGAGGGAACCAAACCUACUCCUAAAAGAAGAUGUGGUGAAUUUGAUUCACACCAAUGAGUAUCCAUCUUCUUUAGAUGAAAAGCUCCAACCUACUGCAAGUUUGCAGGGUGCACCUGCAAUAGGCAUUUGCUAUUCCUGUUGUUUACACUUUACACUGAAUUUCACAGACCUAUUUCCAUCAUGAUCCACAAUUUAAAGAAAUAUUUCCCAACCUUGUAUACACACUUCAAUAUCUAUCAACUGAAACAAACAUUGCAUGAAACAAAACCUACCCUCAUGUACAAUACAGAAUAUUUUCUUUUCCAUCGUAUUCCUGUUCAUAUUUUAAAAAUCUUGGUCACGACCCACUAAACUCAUUACAUGGCCCUCAGGUCACAACUGGAACUUUAAAAAGCACUGCCCAGAGUAAACCACAACAGUUCAACAUCCACGAUCUUACAUGGUUCUCUCUCCUGGGUGACUGGUGUACGUACUGGUGUACGUACUGGUGUACAUUCUACUGAGAAGGUAAAGGCCUCCACUAGGUGAACUGUCCAAGGUCACAGGUGCCGAGUGCCCUUCAGAUCUGGGUGAGGCUCUGUGCAGAAUGGCUUUUCCUGGGUGGCAAACACCAUACCUUGAUUGCCAGCCGUUCCCAAGAACCAAAGACACUUCCCCUGGGGAGAGAAGAGGAGUCUGUACAAAAUGACAGAGCCUCCAGCCAACCAGAACUGGCCUACUCAGACCCACCCUCUUCCAGGUGAUUGGCCCCAAAAGGGUUGCCAGCCCCACUCCACCUGGGGACCAGCUUCCUCCAAAAGGUCGCACCCCCGCAGGUCCCUCGCAGGCAGUCCAUCCUGAUUGCUCCUGUGGUGCAGCUCCUGAGGUAAAGGGGGAGGAGCUGCUUGUUCCAGGCCUCCAGCAACAGGCCAUUUCUUCCCAGGCUCUGCGCUGGGAAAGUUUGCUCCAGGCCAUCCACCCUACCUGCUUCCCCAUAUGGCUCUCAAGGAGGGACUCAGGGCCUGGAAGAGAAUCUUCUGGCGGCAGAUCCUACUUGCACUUGGCCUCUUAGGCCUGUUUCUGUAUGGCCUCCCUAAAUUCAGGCAUCUGGAAGCCCUCAUCCCCAUGGGCGUCUGCCCUUCGGCCACAAUGUCCCUGCUGAGAGACAACUUCACAGGUGCCCUGCGUCCCUGGGCCCGGCCUGAAGUUCUGACCUGUACCCCCUGGGGGGCUCCCAUUAUUUGGGAUGGCACUUUCGACCCAGAUGUGGCCAAGCAAGAGGCUAGACAGCAGAACCUCACCAUUGGGCUGACCGUCUUUGCUGUAGGCAGGUACCUGGAGAAGUACCUGGAGCGCUUCCUGGAGACGGCAGAGCAGCACUUCAUGGCGGGCCAGAGCGUGGUGUACUACGUGUUCACUGAGCGGCCGGAAGCGGUGCCCCGCGUGGCGCUGGGCCCGGGACGGGGGCUGCGCGUGGAACGCGUGGAGCGCGAGCGGCGCUGGCAGGACGUGUCGAUGGCGCGCAUGCGCACGUUGCACGCGGCGCUGAGCGGGCGGCUGGGCCGCGAGGCGCACUUCGUGUUCUGCAUGGACGUGGACCAGCACUUCAGCAGCACCUUUGGGCCCGAGGCGCUGGCCGAGUCGGUGGCGCAGCUGCACUCCUGGCACUACCACUGGCCGCGGUGGCUGCUGCCCUUCGAGCGCAACGCGCAUUCGGCCGCCAAGAUGGCGCGGGGCGAGGGCGACUUCUACUACCACGCGGCGGUGUUCGGGGGCAGCGUGGCGGCGCUGCGAGGGCUCACGGCACACUGUGCGCGGGGCCUGGCCUGGGACCGCGCGCGCGGCCUGGAGGCGCGCUGGCACGACGAGAGCCACCUCAACAAGUUCUUCUGGCUGCACAAGCCCGCCAAGGUGCUGUCGCCCGAGUUCUGCUGGAGCCCGGACCUCGGCCGGCGGACCGAGAUCCGCCGCCCGCGACUGCUCUGGGCGCCCAAGGAGUACCGGCUGCUGCGGGACUAGCGCCGCCGCCGGCUCCCGGCCCUCCGGCUUCUCCGCCGGCCCAGCCGGCCCGGCCUCACUCCCGCUCCCGGCGUCUUUGGCCCCGGGAAGGUGUGGAGUGGGAGUCACGAGAGGCAGAGAUCCUGAAACCGGGCGGGGCCUUCUGGACGCUGAUGGCGCUCUGGAGGGCAGAGAGAUACUGGAUACAAAGCCCUACCCGCUUCGUGUGCGCCAGUCCGUGGGAGUGGGAGGAGGCGGAGGGGCUCCUCGCCUUUGGGGAGCUCCUCACUUCGAGAGAAAAAUCCCCUUCCCUUAGCUUAGCAGUGAGCGAGGCACAACUGCAGUAAAGCCCCAAGCUAUCAGCCUGUAGACCUUUCACACCUGAGCCUGCAGAAUGCAGCUGGUGUCUCUGGAGAUGUUUUAGUCCCACCUGCAAGCCCCUUUUUAAAUGAGGAGCCUGAGACACAAAGAGGAAACAUAACUGCCCAAGGACACAGAGGGUCCGAGUCACUGUGAUGUCAGCGGCUGGAGAGGCGUGGCUGGCCCCUCGGGAUGUCUCUGGGCAGGAGCCACAGGAAGAAACACAGGUGGCACCCCGUCAUUGGCUCUGCCCUUUUACCUCCCCUGCUCAUAAGCACGGUUUGUACAUAUUUCAGUAAUAUUAUGAUAAAUUAUUCCUGUGCUGCGAGACAAAGUAGCAAACAUAAGAAGCCAUGUUUGCUCCUUUCCCUUGCCAGCAUAAUUUCACAAAGCCCUGACUGUGACAGCAUAUAGCUGUCAAAACAAAAAACACAGCUCCCCACGUCCCUUGCCAGAGUCACUAUAUUCCCUAAAAAAAAAUAAGUGACUCUAGAUAUAUCUCCAUAUAAGAUAAUGUCAGUUGGGGUUAGUGAUCAUGCUUCUAUAAACUAUAACCAGAUACACUCUUACACACAAACUUAGAUAUAAUUUUACGCAUACUGAAGCUUCACCACCUAUAUCUAAACUCUAAAAUACAACAUUCAGGCUGGGCAUAGUGGCUCAUGCCUGUGAUCCCAGCGCUUCGGGAGGCUGAGACACACAGAUCACUUGAGAUCAGGAGUUUGAGACCAGCCUGGCCAACAUGAUGAAACCCUAUCUCUACUAAAAAUACAAAAAUUAGCAGAGCGUGGUGGCACACACCUGUAAUCCCAGCUACUGGGGAGGCUGAGGCACAAGAAUUGCUUGAACCUGGGAGGCGAAGGUUGCAGUGAGCCGAGAUCGUACCACUGCACUCCAGCCUGAGCGACAGAGCAAGACUCUGUCUCAAUAAAAUAAAUAAAAUACUACAUUCAAAGCGUC